UUACUUUAUUGGAUGCUGAAAGGCGAAGCGCACUUUGCAGGACGACGCAGCUUUGAUGCUUAUGUCUAGGGAAAGCUUGGGCUACUUGCGGUCGCACUGACUGCGUGCUGGUACGACGUAUCGCAGAUACAGUUGCGAAUAUUCGUGGGUUUUUAUGCUGAUCGCACCGAGAAGCGUAAUUUCCUACCAACUUCUACGCUUGCCCAACGGCCCACAAUCGCUGCGCGCUGAGAGACCAUGACGGAUGAAGCAGCAAUCAUGGGAAAACUAGAGUGCCUCAAGGAAAUAAGGGCCCGCACUGUUCAGAUGGAAAAGCUCAAAUCAAGGCUUCGCAAUGAAAUAGAGUCGACAGAGAGCGAAGAACGGUGCCUCCAAGAAUACAGACAUGAAAUGGAACUCUUGCUUCAAGAGAAGAUGGCCCACGUUGAAGAGCUGAGGCAGAUUCAUGCUGACAUCAACGUGAUGGAGACGGUGAUCAAGCAGUCUGAGGAAGACAGGAACAAGCACCUGGACGGGGCCAAGCAGAUGCACCACGAGUACAAGCCGCUCAAGGAUCUGGUCGACAGGCUCCGGCUGGAGAUUGGCCUCUCCAAGCUGCCCGAGCUACACGAGGAGGAUCAAACAUUCAAGCCAGAGUUUUUCGAGAAGCAGAAGACCGAGUGGCACCAGAGCGACAUGACCGAAGCAGCCCUGCCCCCUUCCCUGGCCGCAGCGGUGCAGCAGAUGCAGCAGCCGGGGAGGAGCAAGGCUCUCGCCGAACGCCCGCAGCCCUCGGCCUUCCGCCAGCAGCCGCCGCCAAUGAAGGCGUGCCUGUCCUGUCACCAGCAGAUCCAUCGCAACGCACCCAUCUGCCCUCUGUGCAAGGCAAAGAGUCGUUCCAGGAAUCCCAAAAAGCCCAAGCGCAAGUUGGAAGAUUAAGUUCCUCGCGUGCACUUUCAUUUGGAGUCAUUGUGUGGGCCUAUUCUGCUCACUUUUCUUUCUUCUUUUUGCCCUCGAGGCCCUCCAUGUGCCAAGACAUAAAGCAGUGACUUGUGUACACAGCAUGAUGAAAAGGCAAAGGCAACAAUGUUGACCUUAUGCAGAACACAUUCUUGUAUGAUCUGUUGUUUUGUAAUUAAGAGUUCGACGGAACACUGUCUGGUCAGGUAAAAGCAUUAUUAAUACAACAGGUUGCUGUUGUACUAACACAACAGAUCCGAAACAUCAAGCUUUGUGUUUUUACUUUGAUCAGUGACCUGUUAACUAAUGAUCUGUUUUGUAUUUUAGCUUACCCAGUGAUUUUGCUUGCUGAUAAUUUUUUUUUUUUUUGCAAGUAAUGAUAUGGCGCAACAAACAGUUAAACUAGUUUAAUUUAAUAUGUACUGUUUGUAAGCAGCACACACACAUCCUGUUCUGUGUCUGUUCUGUAUGUUGUUGUCUUCAGCAUUUCAAUCAUCUUGCCUAGCUCCUGUACAAAAACAUCAUAUUGUCUGUGCAGUGCUUCGCACUUGUUAUCAUACAACUCGUUUUCGCUUUUUUUCCCCUGGUCAAGUUAUCUCGCUUUGUUGUCAUUUUGCCUGUUUUCAUCUGUCAUGAUUGCCAUCAUUACAUUUUUUUAAUCAGUGAUGCCAAGUUCUUGCUGAAAGCCAGCAUGCCCUCGUGUGUGUACAAAAAUAAAUGUAUUUAUUCGACUUGUGAAAGAGCAAGUUUACAUUCAUGUAGGGCAGUCCCAAACUCGCAUGCAGCAUCGUGUAGUAUAGGGUUACAGGUGGCUCGCAAUAAUUCAGAUUUGUAAUAGCUUAAAAUAUUGGUUAAUUCAGGAAAUCUCAAAGUUUGGUUGUCAGGGAAGGAUUUUGGUUAAUUCAAGCUUCUUUUUCUCAGGUGACAAAGGGCUUUGCAAGGUGUGGAAAGUAAAGCCGAAAGCGGCUGAUGAAAGGCAUUCAUAAGACACAAAUAGUAAAAACUAGGCAACGUUUGGUAUUCAGAGGCCCUAUUGUGUAACAAUCCAUUUAAUUUUCCGAUAAUUUUACUCUCAAUUAUUGGCCCAUAUGCUGCCAUUCUGCCAUUCUGAACAGAAUUGGCCACUUGGCACCGAGCUGGUCGCAUCAAAAGCAGCAGGUUGUAAACUUGUUCGAAACAUGUCAAAUGUUCGGGACAUCGGGAGGGCACUGCAUCUUGGGUUUACGUGCUAGAUCUGGUGUUUUGCGUUCUAAAACCACGAUAUGAUUGUGGGGACGCUGUACUGGGGGAGUCUGGAUUAAUUUUGACAACCUGAGGUUCUUGCAACAUGUACUUAAUGCAUGGUGCACGAGCGGUUUUGCAUGUCGAAAUGUGGCCGCCGCGACCUCAAGCUCGGCAGCACAUUAUGGCCACUGAGCCACUGUCGUGAGUGCUUGCCAAUUGAGUAGGUAGUUGACUUUACAGAUGAGAUUGUUGUCGUAUUCAAUUUUUUGAAGUGAAUUAAAAGAAUCAUAGAAAUAUUCAUGUUCACAGAGCAAAUUUGGCUGUACUGGUCCGCACACACUUGUAAGCCUAACUUAGAAAAGGGGAUGGGUGAAAAAGAAGACAAAAAAAAAAAGAAACCGCGAUAAUAAUUUAAAUUAAAAAAUUCUUUUCCUGCUAAAGGGUGAUUUGUGGUUAAUUCAUGCUCAAUUCUGCAUUUUUUGGAGAUGUAAGAACAUGGAUUUGUGUGCUAUUUCAACCAUACAUUGAAAUAAAAAAGAAAAGAUCCCACCAGCCAGGAUUCAGCCAGAGUCGUGUCAUGCGAGAGACAAGCAGUCUCCGUUGUGAAGCUAAUCCUACAGCUUGUAUGAGUGUUUGUACAGGCAUUACAAACAAAUUUGCAAGCUAGCUGCUUCGGCCAUGUAAUAGCCUGUGCUUACGCAACUGCGCUCGGUAAAUGUCAUUGUGACAUUACAUGGAGACGGCCGAGCAGAACAGCACUCCACUUUUGCCAAUGCCACGAUUGUAGUCAUGUCUUUCAGACAUUAAGGGAUCAGGAGUAAGCCAAGGCCCAAUGGAAGAAAUGUGAGAAAAGGUUUGCAAUAAGUUUGUGCAUCACUUCGUGAUUGGACAUCGUCAGAUGCCAAUGGAUUUUCAGUGUCUCGCAGAGCGUUGAGCCAACAUUUGAAACAAUUUAUGGGCUCCUUGAAAUUGCAUUACUACAAUGCUCAGUUGUGCGUUGCCAUGAGGGCACUGUUGCGCAAUAAUUAAGCUUUAAGGGGACAGUAGUGGCAAAAAUUAAGGGAAGCUCGAUUGGUAGAUUAGUGUCCAAAAAUGAAUAUGCUCUCAAUGGCAAGAGUAGAGCACGCAAUGUGAGCAACAAAACGUGAGAAAGUGUGUGACAUAGCCAUUUUGUGAAUGCGGAACAACCCCUCCAGAGGUACAGAGCUGUACAUGCUCAAAUGUAAACCGUCAGCAGUUAGCGCAGUUUAGCCUUAACAUUUCUUAUUCAUAGCAAAAAAGUGGCUUUGUUGUAUAAACCAGAUAUCAGUUAAUGAAACAUUAAUCUGUAGGCCUUUAUUUGGUGUUCAUGCUGCGGCGAGCAGAGUUUUGAUUUCCAAGUAGUCUUUAAUGCGAAACUUUUACCACCUGUACAUCAUUACCAUUAUGUGGAAGAAAAUUAGCAGGCAAUCACAUGUUGCUGACAAAACGUGUAAUGGAGGCAUUUCUAGACAUUGGCCUUAAAUUCGCAAGACAGACUCCAUUUUUGAAUGGGGCACAGCUGUUAGAAGGAAUAUUCACAUCAAAAACAUUUUAUAGGCAAUGAGGUAAAUGCAUGGAUGUUGCAAGUUCAUGAAAUGGAUGUUUGAUUUGAACACGCUGUGCUCUUGACUCUGUUGCACAUUAUAAAUGAACCCCAACGGGUUCAUUUACAACCUCCCGCCAUUGUAAGAUUUUAGCUAACCAGCAGUCACAUAACAAUUUGUGUGCUUCAUUUAGACUUCCACAGCAAAUAUCAGGAUACAGUCGAACACCUUUAUAAUGAAGUGCUUGGGGUCUCCGAAAUAAUUUGUUAUACAGGUCGCUUUGUUGUAAAGGUCGCGCACUGCACAGCAGCUUAAAAUAGAAUCGGGGCAUAAGUUUUAGUUGUAGAGGCGCUCAACAGUAGUUUUUCUCUGGAGAUUUUAUCAUAAUUAGUUCCCUCUAAUGGUCUGCAGCUUUCCAAUUGCAAAUGUUAGCCUAUCCUGCAUAAUUGAAUAGUUAUGCACUUGGCUAUUCAAUUGAUAAAGGUUUAAUAUAAGUGCAAAGCAAGUUCAGAUGGAAAUGGGUAACCUAUUGUUUGUACAGUUGCCUUUGCUGGACAGGAAUUUGUACACAUCUGCUGCAGUUCAAUGUACAAUGAAGUACAAUGGUGUGCUGCGAUUUUUUUUUAUGGCGCCAAAAGCUUUAUUUCGCUGAAGUGCGCCCUAAUCAUGUAACUGGCGUAGAAUGUCGUUUUGUAAAGUUCUGAAUUCAUACAAUUAGUUUAGGCUCAUAGUAGUAGUAGUUGUGUGUAACUGUUUUGUGCAGGUCAUCCUGUGAGCCUGCUCGCAGUCUUUCCCAUGCUAGGCACCAAAGAUUGUUUACAUUUUCAGUGACAUUUGAAAUGACUGCUUUAGCCGUCUGUCUAGCCAAUACUGUAGACACACUAGGAAUGUGAUUCGUGUCAGUCAUGUACUGCAUCAUUUAUAUUCUUCAAUUUGUACCUGGUCGAAGAAUGUGUUUCAUAACCGACUUGUAUCUCCACAAUUGUAACAACAGUGAGUAAAAAGUUGUACAUGUUUACAGCAAG